GGAAGUGCGUGCGACGUGUGCGUUUGGAGCCGGCUUACAGGAGAGAGUUUGUUUUGGUGGGAGGCUGGGUGCUGAAGCGGCGCCCUGACCUCGCCGUAAUCUGGCGCUCCGUGCCGGGCCUGGAGCUGCCAUUUCCCUCCCUCUUCAAGGCUCCCUUCCCCCGUUACCUGCCCGCUCUCCCUUUCUUUCGGCUAUGGCUUCCUCCGCGCCUUCGGGUUCCAACUGGGGCCUGAUCAUGAACAUUGUGAACAGCAUCGUCGGGGUUAGCGUGCUGACGAUGCCCUUCUGCUUCCGACAGUGUGGCAUCUUUCUGGGAGCCCUGCUGCUUGUUUUCUGUUCCUGGAUGACUCAUCAAUCCUGUAUGUUCCUAGUGAAAUCAGCCAAUCUCAGCAAACGUAGGACCUAUCCUGGAUUAGCCUUCCACGCCUAUGGAAAAUCUGGUAAAAUGCUUGUGGAAACCAGUAUGAUUGGAUUGAUGCUGGGGACCUGCAUAGCUUUCUAUGUUGUUAUUGGAGACUUAGGAUCAAAUUUCUUUGCUCGAUCACUUGGACUCCAGGUGAGCGGCGUAUUCCGGAUCCUCCUGCUUUUUUUCAUCUCCCUCUGCAUUGUGCUCCCGCUGAGUCUCCAGAGAAACAUGAUGGCUUCCAUACAGUCCUUCAGUGCAAUGGCUCUCAUUUUCUAUACGGUGUUUAUGUUUGUGAUCGUGCUCUCUGCUUUCAAACAUGGCCUCUUUGUCGGGCAAUGGCUGCAGCGGGUCAGUUAUGCACGCUGGGAGGGCAUUUUUCGCUGCAUUCCUAUCUUUGGCAUGUCGUUUGCCUGUCAGUCCCAGGUCUUUCCGACUUAUGAUAGUCUGGAUGAGCCAUCAGUUAAAAUCAUGAGCUCCAUUUUUGCCUCCUCGCUAAAGGUGGUCACUGCCUUUUAUGUUAUGGUUGGGUUCUUUGGUUAUGUGAGUUACACUGAAGUCAUUGAAGGCAAUGUACUUAUAAACUUCCCUUCCAAUGUAGUGACAGAGGUGAUACGUGUGGGGUUUAUGAUGUCUGUUGCAUUUGGAUUUCCAAUGAUGAUUCUGCCAUGCCGGCAGGCUUUGAAUACGCUUCUUUUUGAGCAGCAGCAGCAAAAAGAUGGAACAUUUGCUGCAGGAGGUUACAUGCCACCUCUCCGAUUUAAAGCUCUGACUCUGGCAAUUGUGUUUGGGACCAUGGUUGGUGGCAUCAUGAUCCCAAAUGGUAAGGGAAAUUUUGGACUCUUAAUCCCUGGUUUUUAAAAGCUCAUGUGUAUUUAUGUGGUUGCUGUAUAUGAGCAUCUAUUAGAAUAAGCCCAA